AUGACGAAGGACAAUAACCUUCUCGGUCGAUUCGAUCUCGACGGUAUCCCACCUGCUCCUCGAGGAGUACCCAAGAUCGAGGUCGCAUUCGACAUCGAUGCCAACGGAAUCUUGAACGUGUCUGCAAAAGACACUAGCACGGGGAAGAGCAGAAACAUCACCAUUAAGAACGACAAAGGUCGACUGAGCAAGGAAGAGAUCGAUCGGAUGUUGAACGAAGCCGAGAAAUACAAGGAUGAAGAUGACAAGCAGCGAGAGCGAAUCAAUUCUCGGAACCAGUUGGAGGGUUAUGUGUUCAGUGUGAAACAGGCGGCCGAGGAAGCCGGGGACAAGUUGUCGGAGAGCGACAAGAAAGAGUUGGCGAGCAAGUGUGAGGACGUGCUUCGCUGGGUGGACAACAAUCAGUUGGCGGACAAGGAUGAAUACGAACGUAAAUUGAAGGAUUUGCAGAAAGAUUGCACGCCAUUCAUGAUGAAGAUCCACCAGGCUCCAGGCAGUGGAUCCACUGGUGAAAAUCGAUCGAAAUCCGCCGGUGGACCUACCAUCGAGGAAGUGGACUAG